AAGCAGAUUCUCCCCAAAGUGCUUUGACCCUUUCUUCUCCCUAGCGCGAACCAGAGGCCUUUCCUCCAUGGGCGAUGGGCAACCGAGUCUGUCCAUUAUGUGAAUUUAACGGCGCCAUUCACAAGGGUAUGCCCCACAAGUUCUACCAUGGCCGAACUCGGCGUGUCUGGAACAUCACCAAGCGCGCUAUUGGCGUGGAGGUUAACAAGCAGGUUGGGAACCGCAUCAUUAAGAAGAGGAUUCAUGUUCGUGUGGAGCAUGUCCAGCCCUCUAGAUGCACUGAGGAGUUCAGAAACAGAAAGUUAAGGAACGAUAAGCUCAAGACCGAGGCCAAGUUGAAGGGUGAGGCCAUCAGCACCAAGAGGCAGCCAGAGGGUCCCAAGCCAGGUUUCAUGGUCGAAGGAGCUCAGUUGGAAACUGUCACCCCCAUUCCUUAUGAUGUUGUCAACGAUCUCAAGGAAAUAUUCCAAGAGUCCAAGAUUUUCGGUUUAUGAAAGACAAAAAGCAAGAGGCAUUCUCAUGACACCAGGUCUUCAAGGCAGCUCACCUCACUAGUCAUGGCAUCAAUUCGGAAGGACACCUCAAAGCUUCACAAAAGCCAGAUGGCAGCAAGCAGUAGGCACAACACCUCAGUAUCUCACGGCAUCAGAUUUUGAAGCAUGAUUGGCCAGCAAGAUGGCAAAGCUUUAUUCCUGAUCUUGUUUCAGCUGCUAAAACUAGUGAAACAAUUUGUGAGAAUUGCAUGGCUAUAUUGAAGGUUUCUCUCUCUCUCUUAAACUAUUGAGAAUUAGUUGGCACUAAUUACUUGAAUAU